UGAGGCGCGUACUUGUUGACCCGGAAGUAGAUCAUAUCCACGCUUGUGUAGCAGAAUCGUUGCGGAUACGAAGCGAAGUCACCCGGUGGAGUCGAGAGGGACACGAUCUAAAAACACUGUUUUAACAAUUCAACAACCAUGAGUCUGUUAACAAAGCCCAAGUCAGAGAUGACCCCGGAGGAGCUCCAGAAACGAGAGGAAGAGGAGUUCAACACCGGCCCUCUGUCGGUGCUCACCCAGUCCGUGAAGAACAACACUCAGGUCCUCAUCAACUGUCGCAACAACAAGAAGCUGCUUGGAAGAGUCAAGGCUUUCGACAGGCACUGCAACAUGGUCCUGGAGAAUGUGAAGGAGAUGUGGACGGAAGUUCCCAAGAGCGGGAAGGGAAAGAAGAAAUCUAAGCCUGUGAAUAAGGACCGCUACAUUUCUAAAAUGUUCCUCAGAGGGGACUCUGUCAUCAUCGUGCUGAGAAACCCUCUGAUCACAGGAAAAUAAACUCUUUAUAUGCGUCCAGCUGAAUCGCUCACAGAUCCCUCUUUCUCAUCCCUUUUUCUUUAUUUCUUUUGUUGAAUGGUUUGAAGGCAUUGGACUCAAAUUAAUUCGAAACCUGUUUGUUUUGUUGUUUUGUCGUUGGAUCACUGCAGUCACUAAUGGGUAAGAUACGUAAAGUUUCAAAAUGAUGUCCGUACGUUUUUGUUUUUUUUGAGAGCCCUGUAGUCACAAGAAUACUUGCUUUUGGCGUCAACGGAAGUCCUCUGUAUUUUUCAUUUUAAUAAUAAAAGUGAUGGAUAUUAAA